AUGACUGACUUACCACCUAUUCCAAACUUAAGAAAGCAAUCGUUACUUGGAGCUGAAAAUUUCAUACCUCAAACUCAUAAUUUUAUUCCUCUACCGUAAAUUGUGGAGAAUGUUAAGCCUUAAAAGUAAAUAGUUAUUUAUAUAAAAGGCGAAACUUCAAUCUAAAAGUGGGUGACAUAAUCUAUUUCAAAUCCUAUUUGAGUGAUGAUUUUAAAGGAGUGAUAUCUGGUGAUGGAAUUGCAAGCAAUAAAUUAGAAUGUAUUCAGGUUUUAGGUAAAAAUAAAUUAUAAGACGUCUAAUCUCAAAAAAGCCUGUAAUGCAAGGUUGGCAGCCUAUCAUUCUAGAAAAGUUUAUUUUAAAUCAUUACAGCCAAAAAAUACUUAUACUAAAAUUAAUACAAGGAAGAAAAAGAAAAACCAAUCGAUACCAUAAGGGAAAUAGCCGCAGAUGAGACAUACUAGAUGGAGUUGGAUAAAUUGACUUCUGAUUAUGAUAAAAGAUUAGUGGAAUUUCAAAAAAAGUGCGAUGAAGAAAUAAAUGAGAAUGAGAGAUUAUAUACUCAUCUCUAUGGAUCUAAUAUAGUAUAUGGAUAAGAAAUACAACUAUUACAUAUAUAUUCAGGAUGCACUCUGUCUCUGAAUAGUGAUAUCCUAGCAAAAGAAAAUUGUUGUAGAGAACUAUCCUUGGAAGAAUUGCCAAAUUUAAAUUCAAACUUUAGAAUUUUAUCUAUGAAUUCUGUAAAGAAUCCUGGAGAACCAAUUCUCUAUGGAGAUUAAAUUAUUGUUUAAAAUUCCGGUUAAUCACAGUGGAACUUAGGAAUACAAAAGCCAUCUGCAAAAUUUGAGAAGAAGGAUGGACUUGAAGUAAAUGCCUCUGAAUAAGCUUUCCCAUUAAAGAUUUCAAGUUAUAUUGACAAUAAAACAGAAGAAGAAAUCAACAAAUAAUAAAUCAAAGGAAAAUACUUGUAGAGUGGUGAUGUUGUAACUAUAAAAAAUAGAUAUUUGGGAGGAUACUUGUGUAUCAAAAGAAUACAAAGAAUAACUGAUGGAUUAGAUAAGAAACCACUAAUUAUUAAGGAUUACGAGACUAAUAUCAAUUACGCAAUCAAUCAAUACUAUUUUGAUGUGGAUAAAAUAAGAAAUGAAAAGAUUAAUUAAAUGUAUUAAUUAUAUGUUGAUACUUCACCUAAAGCAGAUGAAGAUUUAAAUUCUCUUUGGUAAGUGUAGCAUGUAGAUAGUUUAAUAUAUUCAAGACCCACCUAUGAAAGUGUGUUUUUAAUAAGACAUGUUUGUACUGGAUUGUUCCUACACAUAACUAAUUAAGGAGUGGGAUUAACAUAUGAUGGAUUAAAAAUGGAAUGUCAUAUAAAUCUGAAAUCCAAAAAAACUUCGAAUGAUCCUAUUUCGUAUAGUGAGGCCUGUAAAAUAUAAUCUGCAAUGAACUUUUAAGUGGAUAACUAUGUUGCAUAAGAAAGUGUGGUUGUUGUUUGUUUAGAUGAAACUAAAGUGGCUGUGUAAAGGAAAAGUUAGAAGUAAAAUAUAGAAAGAGCAACUUUUCUAUUUAAGUAAACAUCUCAAGAUCUUUCUAAAAUAUCAUUUAGACUUAAUUCACUGCAAGAAUAUUUAAUUAAAUUUUAUAUAUUUUUAUAGGAUUGGGGUAUUGUUAAAUCUAUUGAGCAAAAUUAAGAAGAAAAACGAAAAUAUGAAUAUUAUGAAGCUUUCAACAAUCAAAAGUCUUUAUUUGAUGAGAUUUUACAACUGUUUCAAACGUUGGAUAAUCUCAAAAUGUAUUUAACAAAUGAAGGAAAACCUUAAUCUAAUGAGUAAUUACAACUUAAAUAGAAGGCUUUAAGGGAUAAUGAUAUUAUUAAUAUACUCUUUGCAAUUUAAAGAUUGUGCAAUUGUAUGAUUUACGGAAAUCUCAGAGACAACAACAAAACCAUCUAAGACAAAAGUCCUUCAAAAAUAGCCAAGAUGAAAUUAGAUCCAAUUGUAACUUAAACUCAAAAAAUCAAUUGUAUUUAAGAAAUCUACUCUUUAUUGAGUCUCUGUGUUUAAAGCAAUCCAGAAACAAGCAAUUAUGUUUUAAGUUUGGAAAUGAAUAAAGAAAGCAUCCUAGAUUUCUUGCUUUAAUAAUUGAAACAUCAAAGAGAACACGUUUCCAAUUUAAUUAAAGAAAGUGUUCGUUAUACCGAUAUGAGUGAUACAAAAGCCAGUAUUAAAAAAUGGGUUAACGAAUUAUAGCCAUUGACUGAAGAUAACAUAGAAGAUCAAGCACUAUAUAUUGAAAUUCUAAGUUUGAUGAUGAUUGAUCCUUACGAAAAUCCUAAUUCUUUGUGUUAAGAUUCUUGUAGAAGAUUACUAUUUGGAACAAAAAGGAAACCUGAUUCCUCUCUACCUUUCCAAAAAGCCUUAAUUGCAUUAGAUAUAUAUGAGGAAAACCAAAGCUAUUAUCCAGUUGUCCAAUUUUCUCCAAAGAGAGAAAAAGGUAUGCUAUUAUAAUUGUCACAUUAAUUCGGAUAGAACAAUCCAACAUUUUGUUAAUUGUACUUAAGAUUUGUUGAGAAAUAGAUUAAAGUUGCAUAAAGAUUUAUAACAAGGAGACCUCCCUUAGUUGACGUAACAAUAGAUUUCUUUACUACCGAGGCGUUAAAGGAAAAUCAGUUAGUAAAGCAAGAAGAUCUUAAGGCAGUGAUGCCAAUAUUUUUAAAAUAUGAAAAUUAUUUGAUGAAUAUUAUGGAUUUGUAUUCUUCAUUAUGCAAGGGAAGAAAUUAAAAAAGUAUCAAAUGCUUAAUGAAACAUUGCUUUUUAAAUGAAAGGUUUUUGGAGAUCUGUUUGAAAAGACAAUAAAACAUUAAAACUGAAUUGAGAUUCGAAAGAACUUUGAUUGAACUAUUCUGUAAUUUAUAUUUAGAUAUUGAUCCGUUGAUCAAAGUGUCAUAAUUUGAUAAUAAAUGUUAUUUAAAUGAUGACUUGGAUCAAUUUGAUAUUUAAAAUCAAUCAGGAGUGUAUUUCUAUGAAAAUAAUGCCUCAAAAUAAUUGAAAAGAAACGAAGAAUAUCAGAAAUUUCUAAAUUAAAAAGAGGCAAAGGCAGAACAUCAGUAUUUGAAAUUGUAUGCUUCCAAAAUGUUAUCCAGAAAAUAAAUAAAUGAUGUUAGAAUAUAUUAUCUAGAAAUUUUUACUUAAAUAGAUUAUCCAGAUCAUUUUAAAGUUCAAGAAUUUAGUAGCACUCUAAUUUAACCUUUAAAAUCCACUAUUAAUAAUAUCAACAUCGACUAUAAAAGAUUAGCUAAUUACUAGUUAUAAUAUUUCUUAGGAAUUUUGUAAAUUGUAAAAAAUAGUAUUGACUUGGGAUAUAAUUAAUUAGAUGAAAAUUAAAGGAUCUUUUCAAUAUUGCCAAAUAUUUUUGUAGCAUUAAUUUUACAAUAAAGACCUGAUAACAAAAUACAUAAGUUUAAGGAGAAUGAAAAUUUUGAAUCAAACUUAUAUAAAUUAAGUUAAUCUAUUGAGAAGAAUGUUUGGGUUACAACUUAUUUACCUACUGCUUAACAAUUAUAGGAGCAAAGGAAAUCUAAGCAUAAAAAAUAAGAUAAGUCAACGAAAUAAUCUGAAUAAAUGAUCAGAUCAGAUAUUUAAUUUUAAAGAAACUGGAUUCUUUAAUUUUUGAUAUGGACAUUCCAAUAUUGUACUGAUGAUUUAUUAAAAAUGAAAAUAUACUUAGAAGGUCUUUAGAUUUUAAAGAUUUUUGGGUUCCUAAAAUUGAAUCUGUAAAUUCUUGAAUUUCUAUUCAGUUAAUAAUAAUUCAAUGAGUCAAAUUUAAGUUCUCCCAGUUCUAGAGAUCUUGAUUAGUUUGAGUUCAAUAAUCAUGAAAUUGAAGAUAAUAUUUAGGAGGAAUAGAUUAAAAAGUAAAAGACACCAUCAUAAAAAGCUAUAUUUAAUGUUUUUAAAGAGCCUGAUGGAAAUAGAUUUAGUGCAUUAUUGUUUUCUUGUUUACUCUCGUCAGAAAAAAGAAAUAAAUUGAAUGAAGAGUUACUUCAAAUUCUUAUAAACAACUUUCAUGCACCCAAAAACUCAACAAAUGAAAUUAAGGAAGUAGAAAUUAUCGAUAAUUUAAUGGAGUUAAAAUAUUUUUCAAUUAUAAAUGGAAAUUCUGAUUCUGUUUAGAUCCUCAGUCCUAAAGAAGCAUAAAUUUUAACAAAAAGAGCAAUAAAAUACAUUCAAAAUAGUAAGAGGAGAAAAAAUACUCAAAAAAGAGUAACAUCAUUUGAUUCCUUGAAGAACUAUUAAUCAAAAGUAAUUGAAUAAUUUGAGCAAUUCUUUAAACCAAAUUCGUAAGAUGCUUAAUAUUUAAAAUCUUUUUAAAAUAUUGUAAGAAAUGCAGGUGUUCACUUGGUAUUUCUAUAAUUUUUAGUGAAACCCUAAAAUAUUUGUAGUACUCCAGACAUUGUGUAAUUUUAUAAGAAAUUAAUUCUGUUUUUUGAAUAUUUCACAAAAGAUAAUGAAACUAACAUAGCUAUUCUAGCCUAGAAUGAGUACUUAUAUAAACUACUUGAUAUUAUUUAAAUUGAUUAAUAAGAUGCAGAGGAUUGGUAUUAUGUACCAAUAAAAAUUACUAAACUUGUUGUAUAAUUGUUAUCCACAAUACCAGUAUCUGAGCAUGAUAAUUUCAUUAUAAAUGUUUUUGAUAGAAUUGAGAAAUUAGGGGCUGAAUUAAUGCAAAGUUAAGAAUUUUUUGUGAAUGCUUUUAGUUUAAGAGAUUUAUAUUUUGAAAGGAAGGUCACUCCAAGAAAGAAGCAUUUGGAUGCAGUUGCUUAUUUUAGUUUAAUUUAAUACUUGAGAAUUCUACGAUCGUUAACGAAGACCUUUGAGACUCCAGCUGAACAAUCUCCUCUAAAUAAACAUCUGAUUUUAAGUUCUAUUUUACAAAAUGAUUUUUUGAGAAUCGUAUUAGAACCUGUAAAUUACUAUAAACGACUAUUAGUUCCAGGAUAAGAAUAAGAAUAGUAGAAUGGAACCGAUAGUUUAUAUUAUCAUAGAAUAAAAUUGCAUGCAUAAUUAAUCAUUUUAAUUACAGAUUGUUGCCAAUAUUAUAGAUUAGGUAUCUAAGAGAUGCAAAGAAUAAUUUUAUAUGAAUAACUGAAAUCAAUUCUGUUAAAUUCAAAUUCUGAGUACAUAGUUAAGAGAGCAUAUCUUCAGUGUUUAUUUGAAUUAUAUAUAAAUAAAGCAAAGGAGGGAGAGUUUAUGAAUGACACAGUAGAGAGUGAUGAAGUAAGAGACAUUUUAUCAAGAAUAAUUAUACCUGAGUUAGAUUAAAAACAAAUAUGCAAAUUUUUGGAAGGGCUGGCUAAAUUAAUAAAUUUAGAUAAGAAUAAAAAAGUUACUCAGAAGGAUUUGAGAGAACAAAUUGCAAAAUAAAAAAGAAAUUAUUUUGAAAAAAGAUUAUCUAUAGAUUCCACUUCUGAUAAAGAAGUAGGAAUACUUAGAGAUUGUAGUGAAUUUUGGACAUAUUUGAGAAAAAAUGGUAUUAUUCAUUUUUUAGUAUAUACUUAUGAUGAAAUGAAGGAUAGAAUUGAUAUUGAAAAUCCUGAGAAUUCCAAUUUGUCUGAUGAAUUUGCAAUUAUCAAAUAAAAUGUGUAGAAAAUAAAAGAGAUCUUUAAUGUAUUAGAAAGAGAUUUUCGAGUCAAGAAAGAAGAUUUAGAUUUGGAUGAUUAUAGAGAAUUAAUAAUCUCAAUUGAGGAAAUUAUACCUCAAAGGAAAAUUACGAAAUUCGGUUAGAAUUUUAGAAUUGGAUUUAUUUAAGACAAAAAUACUGAUAAAUUAUUAUUUGAUAAAUAUGAUACUUUAAAGGAAGAUUAGAAUGGAGAGAAAAAGCUUUAAGAAUAAGAUAAUGUUUAAAGGAUUGAAAAUCCAUUUAAGAGAAACUUUAAAAUAUAUUUGAUAAGAUAUAAAGUUAACAUUUUGUAGUUUUGUUAUUAUAUUGAAAAAAAUUCAUCAGAAUUAACUGACUAAGAAAAGUCAAGAAAAAUUGUUAAGACUUGCAAUGUUUAUAAAUAGUACAUUUUAUUAAAGGAUAUAGAAAAUAUAUAUUAAACUGAUGUUGCGCGUAUUAAAAAUCAAGAAUCUGUGAAUAACAGAAACAAAUAAUUUGUAGAUUGGGAAUUAUUUAAAUAAGCAAUGAGAGAGUUAUUUGAAAGAAAGUUUAAUGCAAAUAUUGCUUAAUAAUAAAUUUAAGCUUAUUAACGUUAAUAAGACAGCUUGGAUAGCUUGAAGAAAGACUUUUAAUUGUCUACAAUUCGAUUAAUAGCAAAAUAUUAUAAAAAAUUAGGAGGGUAACUUGAAUUAAAUGGAAAUUUGAUAUCUGAAGAUGUUUAAAUAGAACUCUUAAUUAAAACAUUAGAGAAAUAACAAACUAAUGUUUUUAAUUUAGAUAAUCUCAAAGAUUUUUUGAAAAAAUGCUAAGAAAUAUUUCUUAAUAAAGAAAUUUAUCUAAUCAAGCUUUGCAGAAUAUUUUUAUAACUCAAAAGGCCAACACAAGAUGAAAUGGAUUCUUUGACAGAAGCAAAGGAUGAAGAUUCUAAAUAAUUUGUUAGGGAAAAGAAGGAAACAUAUGUAAAAUUUUAAAGGGCUAUGGCUGAUGGACAGCUUGAUAUUUUGGCAUUGGAAAUGUUGAAUUAAACAGAUGAUGAUCAAUAAAAAAUUGAAGCCUUGUCUUUUCUUAUACAUUUGUUAGACUAUGGAAAUGAAUAUGUGUAGAAGAAGUUUUAUAAAUUAUUGAAGGAGGAAUAAGUGAAAUAGAAGUUUUUAGUGUUUUUGAGAGGAUUCUUCCUGAUAGAUUUAGAUGUUAGAAUUAAAGAAUUAGAACUAACUGAUGGGGACAAUACUGAAUAUAAAUUGCUUUGUCUUAAGGUUCUAUAGUUACUAUAAGCCUUAUGUGAGAAUGUAAAUAUGGAGUUUUAGAGAUUCCUUGUAUUUUAGUACGAUGACGAUUCGUAUUAAGCUAACAUCAAUAUAGUAAAUGAAGUAGCAGGAUUGCUGGCUGACCUGUUAGAAAAAGGAUAGAGAGUUUUUUAUAAAUUAUAAGAAAUUUAUAGAUAAGCAUUAGAGAGUUUAGUUGAAUUUUCUACAGGGUAUGUUGAAAAUAAGAAAGAAUUAUGCAAAAACGCAAGAUUAUUCACUUUAUUGAAUUCAAUUCUUCAAAAAUAAGACCUAUAGAAUUUUAAUUCGCUCUAUAAAGAAAAUAGAAUGAUAUUAAAGGAGAAGCAACAAAUGAAUUAGACUUUGGAUGAAGACAUAGUUUUAGAUGGGGAAGGCAUUGCAACAAAUGAAGGUAAAAAGAAAUUUUCUUCCUAUUAAACAUUAUAAUCCUUUAUAAAAUUGCUGUUAUUACUAACAUAAGGAAGAUCAGAUAUUCAGUCUUUAGAGUUCAUUUUAAAAACAGUUGAUAUUACUAUUUUGAUAAGGAUAGCCAAAUCUAUUUAUGAGGAAAGAAUAAAACCCAAAUAAAGAAACAUCGUUUUAGAUAACAUUUGCGAUGAAUCAGAAACAGGAAAUCAUAGGCAUUGUACUAAUAGUUUAUGCCACUUUGGAUUGAGAACAGAUGAAGACAAUAUGUUAAUACAGACUGGGUUCAAUAUAUUUAUAAUUUGUCUAAAAUUAUCAGAACAUUUCCCACAGGAUUCUUAAUUGGAAUUAUUCAAGUUUGAUGAGGAAUAAGAAGAAUAGGAAGACCUUUUAGAUUUGGAUGAUUUUCAAGAAGAAGAAUUAUAAAAGAAGAAGACGUUGUCAAAUUAAAAGAUUUUACCUAUAAAUCCAGGAAGCAAAUAUGAUUAUAAUUAAGAUGAAGGUGAUGGAUUGUUGCCUAGGGGAGAAUCAAAAUUAGAAAAUUCAAGCUUAAAGAAAAUUUUCCUGGAUGUUCAAAAUGAUAAAAGUUAUUAAUUCGAUAGAACCUAAAGAUUCUUUAAAUUUUAUAGGCAAUUCACAGGAAGAAUAGAAAUACAAAAUGAAUUUAAUCAAAUAGAAAAAGUAUUUUUCUAAAAACCAUUUGUUUGUAAUUUUAUUACUCCAAACAUAAAACAACAUUUGAUCUAUGAAAUCAAUAGAGAAACAGACGAAGAUAGAAUGUUGGGAUUGAUAGAGUUUUCUGAGUUUUAUCAAGUUCAAAUGAGGCAUUCUUAAUACAUUAAUAAUAGAAAGGUCAUGCACUUUGGUGCUGUAUAUUGGAGAUUAUUAAAGGAUGUCUCCUUCUUGUUGUGUCUAAUUAUUGUAGUUCUACUUAUAUUUAUGCAUGACACGGUAAUCAACAGUAAAAUAGGAUCUAAUACUGAAGCACCUGAAGAUUAAAAUAUUACAUCUGGAGAGAGCUUCGUUAGUUAUUUAAAUAAUGUAUAGAUUUCUUAUUCUAUAUUAGAUAAUUACGAUAGUGUAGUUGGUUUUAAAUCUAAUUAUUGUAUUCUUUUGUGCCAUUGAAAGAUAUCCUAUUUCCAUUACUUAUAACAGAGGACAGACAAAUGCAAAGAGAGUAUAAAUCUUAAAGAAGGAAGCAGGCUUUUAGAUCUCUUGGUUGACAAUGAAAUAUUACAGCAUAAUAGGUUAUUUUGAAUCUGAAUUCUAAGAAGAUAAAGUGAACCAAAGUUCAAUCAAGAAAUUCAUUUUGGUUAUAUUUUUCGACUUUGAUAAUUUCUAUAAUGUAAGAUAUAUUCAUUUAAAUUAGAUUUGCAUUUUUGGAUUAACAGUAUAUGCAUUCUUUAAUCCUUACAUUUAUGCUAUACUACUCUUGGAUAUUGUUAAAAGAUCAGAGGAUCUCUAAAAUAUCAUAAGGUCAAUUACAUCCAAUGGGCGUAAUCUAGCAAUCUUUUCAUUUUUGGGGUUGAUUGGUUUGUUAAUUUAUGCAAUUAUCGCAUUUUCUAAUUUUGAAUCAAUGUUUGAUGAUGAAAGUGGUGUUUAUGGCUAAACAUUCAUUCUUGCUGUCACUUCAACAAUCAAUUUCGGAUUGAGAAAUGGUGGAGGUAUAGGAGAAUCAUUGACCAAAUAUCCUGAUGCUUAUGAUGACCCCACUUUAUAUUGGGGCAGAUACUUCUUUGACUUCACUUUUUUCAUCAUUUUUAACAUCCUUUUUAUCCAAAUCAUAUUUGGUAUCAUUUUGGAUACUUUUGGUGAAUUGAGAGAUGAAAGAUAGGCUUUGGUCAAAGAAAUUGAAGGCAAAUGCUUUAUUUGUAGCUAAGAUAAAAAUGACAUUGAUACUAAGUAACAUCUUCAUUUAUAUUCAUAUUAGAGGUACAAAAGGAUGGCAUUACCAUAUAUAUCUGGAACACAGCGUUUACCAUAUGUUAUAUUACAUAAUUUAUAUUAAAAAUAAGGAUCCGAAUGAUUGUAACGCAUUAGAAAAAUAUGUUAAUAAAUGUAUUCAAGAAAAAGAGACUAAAUUUUUCCCUUUUGGUAGAGCCCUUUAAAUAGAAUCAUAGGAAGAAGAUUAAGACUAAACAGAAAAAUAAUGAAUCUUAAUAUUUAUG